AGAACAUCCCAACAAAGAACACGUGGGUCUCAGUAAAGAAAAUUUAUUACUUAGAGGAUGCACCAUUAGAAACACAGAGGCUGUUGUGGGCAUUGUGGUUUACGCAGGCCAUGAAACCAAAGCAAUGCUGAACAACAGUGGUCCAAGGUAUAAGCGCAGCAAAUUAGAAAGAAGAGCAAAUACAGAUGUCCUCUGGUGUGUCCUACUUUUGGUUGUGAUGUGUUUAACUGGUGCAUUGGGUCAUGGAAUCUGGUUGAGUAGAUAUGAAAACAUAAUGUUUUUUAAUAUCCCUGAGCCUGAUGGACAUGUCAUAUCACCAGUGUUGGCAGGAUUCUAUAUGUUUUGGACCAUGAUCAUUUUGUUACAGGUCUUGAUUCCCAUUUCUCUCUACGUUUCCAUUGAAAUUGUGAAGCUCGGACAGAUAUAUUUUAUACAAAGUGAUGUGGAUUUCUACAAUGAGAAGAUGGAUUCCACUGUUCAGUGCCGAGCCCUGAACAUCACCGAGGAUCUUGGACAGAUUCAGUACCUCUUUUCUGAUAAGACAGGAACUCUCACUGAGAAUAAGAUGGUUUUCCGAAGAUGUAGUGUGGCAGGGUUUGAUUACUGCCAUGAAGAAAAUGCCAAGAGGUUAGAGUCCUACCAGGAAGCUGUCUCUGAAGAUGAAGAUUCCACAGACACUCCCAGCGACUCCCUCAGCAAUAUGGCAAAACCGAGGGCCCCCAGCUGCAGGACGGUUCAUAAUGGGCCCUUGGGAAGUAAAUCCUCAAAUCAUCUUGCUGGGAACUGUUUAGCUCUGGGAAGUGGAGAAGGAGCCAGUGAAGUGCCUCACUCCAGACAGGCUGCUUUUAGUAGCCCCAUUGAAACAGAUGUGGUGCCAGACACCAGGCUUUUGGACAAGUUUAGUCAGAUUACACCUCAGCUUUUUACCGCACUAGAUGAGACUACCCCAGAUCCACCACUGGAGACCUUGUACAUCAUAGACUUCUUUAUUGCAUUGGCAAUUUGCAACACAGUAGUGGUUUCUGCUCCUAACCAACCACGACAAAAGAUUGGACUCUCAUCACUGAGUGGAAUGCCUAUAAAGUCCUUGGAAGAGAUUAAAAACCUCUUCCAGAGAUGGUCUGUCCGAAGAUCAAGUUCGCCAUCUCUCGCCAGUGGGAAAGAGCCCCCUCCUGGGGUCCCAAAUGCCUUUGUGAGCAGACUCUCCCUCUUCAGUCGAAUGAGACUGGCUUCGCCUGUGGAGGAAGAGGCCUCCCACACAAGCGAGAGCCUCCAGGGCUCUAGUAACUCUGCUUGCCCUACAGAAACUGGGCAACAGAACAGGGAUCCGGGCCUCCCAGAGGGCGAGGUAACACCCUCCCCCGGGCAGCCGUCGGCCUCCACCCUGUGUUACGAGGCCGAGAGCCCCGAUGAAGCGGCCUUGGUGUAUGCCGCCAGGGCCUACCAAUGCACUUUACGGUCCCGGACACCAGAGCAGGUCGUGGUGGACUUCGGUGCUCUGGGGCCAUUGACGUUUCAGCUCCUGCACAUCCUGCCCUUCGACUCCGUAAGAAAAAGAAUGUCUGUUGUCGUUCGGCACCCCCUUUCCAACCAAGUCGUGGUGUAUACGAAGGGUGCUGAUUCGGCCAUCAUGGAGUUGCUCUCAGCGGCUUCCCCAGAUGGAGCAAGUCUGGAGAAACAGCAGAUGAUAAUAAGGGAGAAAACCCAGAAACACUUGGAUGACUAUGCCAGACGGGGCCUACGCACUUUAUGUAUAGCGAAGAAGUUUUUUAAUGUCCCUUCCAUUCACAUUUCAUUGGUCAAAGCAGGAUGCAUGGCCGUGCUUAAUUUCAAGGGCACGAGGAAAUGCAGUCCUUCCAGAUGCUUACAAUGGAAUGAAAUUAGAAUAUCGACCUGGAUCCACAUGCUGGUCAUUGCGGGUAGCAUCUUGUCUUAUUUUUUCUUUGCCUUGGUUUUUGGAGCCAUGUGCGUCACUUGCAAUCCGCCGUCCAACCCCUACUGGAUUAUGCAGGAGCACAUACUGGACCCCGUGUUCUACCUGGUUUGCGUCCUCACGACGUGCAUCGCUCUUCUGCCCAGGUUUACAUACCGGGCUCUUCAGGGAUCCCUGUUCCCGGCUCCAGUUCAGAGGGCUCAGCACCUGGACAGACUGACUGCGGAGGAGAGGACGGACGCUCUCAAGAAGUGGCGAGGGGCCGGAACGGCGGGCCGGGCGCCGUGGAAGUACGCUGAGCGCCCGGCUGCCGAGUCCGAGAGAAGAGGCCCGUCCGGCCCGCCUACCGCCUUGACAGCGGCGUCAGCACCGUCUCGUGCUGUCGAGCAGGGGAGCUCGUCUGUCCGUGAAACCGCUUUGGACUCAGACUUCUCAGAAACCAAGGCCUCAGGGACGGCGAGGCCCUCCGAGGGUUAAAAAAAAAAAGAAAAGAAAAGAAAAAGAAGCAGGGUAUCCUCCUUGGAGCGGCAAGUCUCCCUUCAAAUCUGGAAGAGGGACUUUGAAGAGGCCCCUCUAGCAAGCAGGAAUGAGGUGGAUUUUUCCCGAAGGGACACGAAGAUUCUUCUGUGCCCGGAAAAGCUGAUGUGAUGACCUUUCUUGUGUGUUUGUAGAUACAUUUGGAGGAGAGGUUGCAGUUUGACCUGAACUGAGUUUCAGGAGGUGAAAUAUUUCAUCCCGAAUCAAAUGCUUUUAUGAAACUUUUUGGAUUUUGUAAAAGCAUUUUAAUUGUCCUAGACGUACAGACAUUCCUAAGGGAUUCAUUUGAGAUGUAUUUAUUUUACUGGGAGAUCUCAGAUUCCAGGAAAAUGCUUUCAGCGAGCAGACUCCAAUCUGAAUUUUCUUUAAUGAAAAAAAAGUAGUUUUUAGAUCAGUUAGAACGCAGAAUAGAUUGCCACAUGAAAAAAAAAAUGUUAUAAAUGGUUAAUUUCCAAAGAAAAAAUUCCAAAGAGCCUUUUAAAUGACAGUGUACCUAAAAUAGGGUAAUAACUGUACUGUUGAAAAUGUGGUUAGUGAUUAUUAAUAGCUUUUCAUUUCCUCCAGGAAGAUGCCUUUGGUCGUCUGACUGCCGAUGUAAGGCAUCCGUCUCUGCUCAUUUCAAUGUUCUCUUGAGGCGGAGCCUUCAGGGGGAAGGGGCAGACCGGUGCCAGGGUUCGGUAGGAAUAUGUUCCUCUCUCUGCUUUUGGGCAAGAGAAGACCUUUUAUGAGGUCUGCCUCUGUGCAGAUGUCAGCUGGGAAACAUAGGCCGUAGGUAGGACAGACCCAGUCGGCUCAGUCUGUAGCCUGCUUGGCAAUCUCCUGUGUUCUAAAACUUGCAAUAGCCUGAUCAAGAUGAAACAAUCAAUUUGAAAACCAUCUGCAAGGUCUCUGGUGUUGUAGCCUUUAAAAAUGAGAUAUUAUGCAUUGAGACUAAUACAGGUGGUUCUCAGCAGGAUUCCGUGAGGUUCUUAGAAAAAUUUGUUUUUAAAUACAUUUUAGGACGGGAAUGUCGAUAGCAAGUUAGUUGCUUGUUGCAAAUCAUGUGUGUUGGCUUUAGUUGGAACAGAGAGACUAGUUUACCAACUAAGCCCAGAUGUUACAAGAUCAUCAAUUUUUGUUGAGUUCUUUUAAAAUUCAGUAUCUAUUCAUCUGAAAAUUGCCAGCCACUAACCACCCAGAAUCUCCUUCCUGAAAUCUCCAUGCUGAUGUUCUAUGUGUGUAUCAAGAUCUUAUGACUAUUAAUCUGUUAUCCUCAGGGCUUCAUCUUCUCCUGCUGCCUCUUUGUCCUGGUCUGACAUUUUUUUUGUAACUGUCUGAUAUUACUGCAAAUAGUCUUUUAUAGAGACUGAUUUCUCGAACUUUCAAAAUCCCACAUGGCUAUUGGAGGUUGUUUUCUGCUUUCUUUAAUGAUUUUUAAAAAUAAACUGUUUAAUAAA